CAUUACACGGUCGUUGAAGGGUUUAGAAAUGCCAUCACUUUUUCUUACAGCUUUCCUGAACCUAUUUCUGUUCAGUGAAAUACAGGGAGUUGAGUAUGGUGUUAACUAUGUGACGUCAGUUAGUAAGCAUUACAACGCCACCACUGGAUUUGUCUAUGUAUCUGUGGAGAUGGAAAUCCCUGAUCCCGGCCCUUCCAUCACUGUGUACUGGCAAGUCAAUGAAGGAAUCAUAGGCGUUCAUGAGCCAACAUUUGGGUCUUCAAUGAAGAACAUUGGGAAGCGGAAAGUUUUCUCCCUUGAGGCAGAUUCUUCGUAUGUUAGGACAUUGUACUUCACUACUAGAAAUGCCGAUCUGGCCAGCAGUCUCCGUUUUCAAUCUUUCUCUUGGGGAGACGAUUAUCCUAGUAAAUCAUCCUUUCCGGUACAGCUAAGACGAUGUUCGUCUCAAUGUUCAGAGGAUUCAUUAACAAAUUCAGAUGUCCAUAAAAUCAACGUUAACUUCACAUGCGACCCACCAUUUGUUACUAACUAUUAUCACUAUCCGCGGGUUUAUUGGCGCAUGAAGUUUGGGGUUUAUUUGUUAAAUGACACCGAUGACACGAUUUAUUAUCAGGCACUUGAAAACAGUGCAAAAUCAUCAGAUCCAAAAUCAAGUUUCCGACCACAACUGGUAUUAUCAAGAAUUCCUCGAAGAGCAACCAGGUUUCCUACUUCAUUUGACAGAUUUACAAAAUCAUCAAAAAGCUCACGAUCACGGGAUAAUUCUUUGAAUAGCGAUACACUAGCUAUUGAACAUGAGUUAGCUAACAUAACAAUCGGAGCCACAACAUGGGCGAAAAUAAACUUUCCUAAGUCAUUUCUGAACGAGAGAGUGGUAUUCCUCCGGGUCAUUCUAGAUGCUCCCCUGUUCAUUGGACUGGACAUGGUUUUCUCGUUUGUUGAAAAGGUGUCCGUAUCUAAAAACCUUCCACCAGGAGUAUUUCUAUCAGAAAGCAGAGGGAAAACCUGGCCACAACCUUCUGUAGUCACUUGUCAAGCAUUUGGAAGAAAUAUUUCAGAAAUACACUUUGAAAAAGAUGAUAGAAAAAUAGCGCAGUCUGAUACUAUUUCGGUUCAGGAAAUCAAAAGUCCUCUGUUUGUAACCUCCCAUGUCACUUUCGUAAAGAGAGGAGUAAGAAACAGAGAAGUAGAUGGCAAGUACACCUGUUUUGCCGAAAGUCCACGAGGUAGAAAAAAACUGACCGACUUCAUGGUCUACACUGGUCCGGCUUUCAUAGAGGAUCUAACGAAGAUGACGGAGAAAAAUUCAAGAGAGUUGGAUCUUCGCCUCGUUGUCGAAGGACAUGGUCAGAUGAGAGUAUCUUGCCAUGUUCCAGUACCAGACCACAUGAUUCUCAUCAACAAAGCAGAGAAAACCGAGCCCGUGACAGCCACAUUAAAACGAAUGGAAGUGAUCCUGACUUAUAAAUACCCUGUAGAGGCAGUGUCUCCCUUUGAUUAUUUUUGCAAUGUAUACGAUGAAUAUGGGAAUCACAAAACUCGACACACUCACAGGUUAAGUAGAUAGAUGACCCAUCCUUUCUUCCCCUUCAUUUUUUCUUUAUGUCUUCCUCCUUCUCAUUUCCUACUCCUUCACAUUUCCCUUCUCUUUCACAUUUCCCUUCUCUUUCACAUUUUCCCUUCUCUUUCACAUUUUCCCGUCUCCUUUCCUACUCUUUCACAUUUUCCCGUCUCCUUUCCUACUCUUUCACAUUUUCCCUUCUCUUUCACAUUUUCCCUUCUCCUUUCCUACUCCUUCACAUUUCCCCUUCUCUUUCACAUUUUCCCUUCUCCUUCUCUUCCAUUACGGUACACCUCCUCCCGUACAUUCCCCUUCUCCUUUUCUUCCUCUUUACAUUUCCGUUUGAUCAUUCUCUCCUUCCUCCUACUCCAUUAUGAAUGAAUUUAAAGGAUAUAUUAUUCGGGUUAUCCAUGAAUAUUACUGACAAAUGUACACAAUGUUAAAAUAAUUUUAGAACCCCAAUUCUCCAAUUCAAAACUUAAAAAACAACAACAUUAUUUUAAUCGUAUUAUUUGGAGUUUUCAACGUUACGUAGGUUUCUAGAUCUGAGUUCUUUAAAGUUUGUUUAUCGUUAGAUAUUAGUCAUAAUGGUAAAAUGUAUUUGUAUCAUAUAAUGAUCUGGUUUCGGAGUGGAGUUUUACAUUAAUGUUGAUAUACAGACCAAAGGGAAGUUUAAGCCCAAUUAACCUGAUUUAAGUAGAGUUAUGACUCUUGGUCUAAAUUGUGCUAAAAUCUGUAGUUUGAUCAUGACAUUUUUCUUGUUACUACUAGAUAAUUGUGUCGAAAUUACGAGAAAAGAUCCCCUAAUUAAAAGAAAAAAUAUGUAAAUAAAGCCGAG